AUGAUGAUGCACGAACGGUGUGCAGUGUAUUUUAGUUAAAUUAAAUCAAUAACAGUGAUAGUGAAUUUAAGAAACCCUACAAGUACUUCGCGAGUGUUUUGAAUCAUGUGUAUGUGUAAAAAAGCAGCGCAUUGUGCCGUAUACUAUCAUGUCGAGCUGUGUCAUUUACCCAAACUUUUUAGUUAAAAAUCGAUUUUGAAAAUGGACGUAACUAGACGUCCCAGAAGUCGUUCCUUCGAACUGUCAGAUGUGUGAUUUUAAUUUUCAUGUGGAUCGGUUAUUAUGAGAUCAACGGCCCCUAUGUCGCAUGAACGGGCAACGUGUAUCAUCAUCUGGACGCUUUGUUUGUGAUUGUUCCCAUGGACGGUUUGGAUUGGGCCCAUGGCCCGGAAUUCGCGUUACUGGCAGUAAUCUGCCUUUGCACAACGACCGCCUCCAGGUUCUACAGGUUCUUAGCCAGGUUCUCAGGAAGAAGACGAAAAUUUCCCAAUUUCGUUUUCCCUAGGAUGCCCUCACCCUUGGCCACACUUCUAUUUAUUAUUUCAACUCUUCUAAGCACCACAGACGCCUGCAGCAGUAGGAGUACGCCGCGCGCCCAGCCAGCGCCGUCGACGCCGCGGCCCAACGUUACAUUCACCACUUAUCCAUGUCCGACGACGUACAACGCUUGGUAUUGUCUGAACGGAGCAGUUUGUUUUAGUGUAAAAAUCGGUGAUUCCGUGCUUUAUAAUUGCGAAUGCGCGGAUGGUUAUAUGGGGCCCAGGUGUGAAUAUAAAGACCUUGAUGGAUCUUAUCUUCCCUCCCGUCAGCGUAUAAUGCUUGAGACAGCGUCAAUAGCUGGUGGCGCAACAAUUGCUGUGCUUUUAGUGUUAAUUAUAUGCGCUGCGAUGUAUGUAAAUUGGAGUAGGCGUCAAAAAGUUUUAAGGGCCUCGAGAGACUGUGUAGAUGGGCCUUCGCCGCCUUGUAUCGAACGCAGACCUUUUGGGCCUCACCAUCAUCACACCAUUCCUAUGGAAAGGAUCGUGUUGAGGCCUCCGCAGCAGCCUAUGGUGCUGGCGCAUGGCAGGGUCCAGCGGCAGUUAAAUGCAGGCAUCACGCAGGUUCUCCAAUAGGACUCGGCAUUCUGGUGUUUCAUGCGCACCACAGGAAUAUAAUUGUGUUUUGAGCUGG